CAAAAUGCAUAAGCCAGCCGGCAGUUCAACUCUCAUCUCUCCAGGACAAGACAUGAGGCUGCAGCUGUCGAUGUGAUGGUAGUAUAGCCAUGGAAGAUGCUGUCAACUGCUUUGACUCAGCCAGCCAACACCAGCUCAAGCUUUUGACAAGACAUAUCCUUGGAAUAGAAGUGAAGGGGAACCCUGAUGUGAACACGACAGCCCAGCGAGAAAAUGAUUACUUCUAAGUUACACUGAACAAGACCCACAUGGAUCACAUUUGGGAAGUCAUUGAAUUAAUCCUUCAAGAGAAGUGAUUAUUAUAAAGCACCCACAGUUUGAAUCCAAACUUAUCUUUGCAAGUUGGUGCCUUGUUAAAACAGACACAAUGUCACAAACUUAAGUAUAGCAAUGUUGUCACAAAUAGCAGUAGGUCUCAUCCUGACCCUCCUCAUUCUCCUGACAAUAAGCGGCAACAUUCUGGUGUGCCUGGCAGUCUGCGCCUCCAGACGCCUCCGAUGCCUCACCAAUUGCUUCAUCGUGUCGCUGGCGGUGACCGACCUCCUGCUGGGCCUGGUCGUCCUCCCCUUCUCUGCUCACCUGCAGCUCACCAACGACUGGCCGCUGGGUCCGGUCUUUUGUAAUUUCUACAUCUCCAUGGACGUCAUGCUGUGCACCGCUUCCAUCCUCACCCUCCUGGCCAUCAGCGUGGACCGCUACUUGGCAGUGACCAUGCCCCUCAGGUACACCUCACUGGUGCUGCCUUGGAAGGUAGUAGUGGCUAUGGCGAGCGUCUGGACCGUGUCGGUGUCCGUGUCGUUCUUGCCCAUCUACAUGGGAUGGAACACGGUGAAUGGGACCGUGCAAAACUACGGGCCGCGUGGUCCAGAGAGGACGUGCCGCUUCGAGCUUAACAGGCCGUACGUUUUAACAGAUUCCCUUCUUACCUUCUACCUGCCUCUGCUGGCUAUGUGCUGGACAUACCUCAGAAUAUUUCGCAUCGCUCGGGCACAAAUUAAGCGCAUCAUCAGCGCUCGCCCUACGUGCGUCACCAGCUACAGCUGCAGGAGCAACCAAUCAACCAUCACCACUGUGGUCUCAAGUAUCCCAGCGUCGGCCCUCAGGGAGCACAAGGCCACAGUGACACUGGCGGCAGUCAUAGGGGCGUUUGUGGUCUGCUGGCUGCCUUAUUUCAUCCUCUUCACAGCGCUGGGCCUGCAAGAGCACCCCGACCCCAACAAAGUGCCACAGUUCUCCAUUGUCCUGUGGUUGGGUUACACCAACUCCGCCCUCAAUCCCAUCCUCUAUGGCGCACUGAACAGGGACUUCAGGUCGGCCUAUGCUCACCUAUUGAGAUGCCGAUGGCCCACUUACAGCGCGUGGAGGUGCAGGCAUCGUUCUGCCACCGUGACAACAGCCAGAGAACAGCUCAUGGAGGUGACGCUACUGUGUGGACACACGCCCAACAGCUGCAGGGCGGCUCACAUGGAUCAGAACUUUAUGCUCCAAGAAACAAACAGAAGAACAAACUCAGCCAUAAUUCAGAUUGCAAUUGGUGCAACUGACACAGACGUCGACGGCGAUGAAGGGUAA